GCCACUGGCAGCGAUGAAAAUUCUUCGGCAAUGGCGACAAAACUCAUCCGCCGAAGUCCGUGAUAUGAACCGGCGAUUCCGUUGAAAGUGUCAGCUUAAUUGAAAUCAUCAGUAAAGUGACAUAUCAAGUGUGAUUUAGAUGGCGACCUCCAAAGUGUUUAUUUGGGUGACAUUAUGCACGUGCGUUGUGUUUGCUUCGCCUACGAGGAGACAAUUCAAUACCGAAACUACAUCUUCUGAUCCCGUAAUAGUCGUUACUGACGACGGUGCAUCUUGGGACGAUUCAGACGAUGAUUUUGAUUUGGAAGGUGGUGGUUGGAUGAAGGAAAUCUCAGCAUCGCCAUCUUCAAUCCCAGAGAGCCCAGAUUACGAGGAUUACGACGAUGAGGAUGAUGACGACGUCGUGCAACCAGACAAAGACGAGAAUAACAACAAUCGUGACUCUGAAUUCCUUUUUAUGCAACCCACCGACACCAGGCUGAUGCUGGAAGACGAUGACGAUAACCAAUCAGGAAUCAUAAAAGUGAGACAUACCAGCAAAAACACCUAUUCAGAACCUCAAGAUGGCAAUGCUCUGGACACGAUAGACAAAUCCAAAUCAGAUGACCAAUUUGUCUUCACGAUAGACGGCGAUGAUGACAACGACGACGAUUUCGAUGGCGGCAACAAUAAACUAGAUGCCAGCAAAGAAGACGACUUCGUGCUCGAAGACGCAGAACCAAAGAAGGCGAGCAAAAAGCAAGACACCUCAUCGCGGAGGGAAAACAGGGAAGAUGACGACGACGACGGGGACGAUGAAGACUUAGCUGACAAUGAAGAUGAUACUGUCUUUGAUAGCCCCGAGGAAGAUGCCCAGGUCAUCUAUGGAGAUCACGUGUUUUUGUAUUAAAAGGAUGCAUUUCUGUAAUAAUUCAGUUUGUUUUGAGAGAUUCCAUUCAAUCUUUCAGACGAUUAAGAUUUAUUUAUCGUUCUUGAAUGGAAUAAUUAUUCUGUUGAGAAACAUAGCUUUCGAAUGCCGUUGUAAAAUAAAUUGGUUCAAUUGUAAAAAUGAAGCUGACAGCAGAGAACUACUAAUCAGGGCUGAUUUUUUCCCCCACAAUUUGUGCAAUGAUUCUUAUUAUUCUACAGAAUAGUUCUAAGUACUUAACGUUUACGUUUAAUAUAAAACAUCAUUUUGAAAUAUUACGUAGUUCGCAUUCAGCACGAAGUACCAUGAUGACAUCUCGCAAUUUAAACGAAAGUAUACUAUUUAGCAGUAGAAAAAAAAUGGCAAAAUCUUAUUUAUAUGUUAAGCCUAUUUCCUCGAAUGUUGAAGUAUGGACUAUGUUCCAAGCUAUUACAUAUUAUGGAUUUUAUUUCACCAUGGCAGCACCUAUUAAUGCUAGGGCAGGAUUUAUUAGUACUCUAAUUUAUUUGAUCAAUAAAGAUCUAUUAUUUUACUUAAAUACUCAACGUAAUUAAAUAACUGCAGUUUUUUAAUGAAAUUUCAUCAUAAAUUUUUUAGAGUAUUAAAAUCCAACAUAUUUAAAUUUUUCAGAAUUAUUUACUGCAGUUCUUUUAACGGAAUUUUAUCAUAAAUUAGUUAUUGGAAUAUUGAAGUUUUACACGCAUUCUCGUGAGAUAAUGAAAAGGAUGCAUAGUUAUACUUUAAACUGCAUCGUAAAUAUAGUUAUUUGACAAAAUGUCCAAUUACGUCUGUAAUGACGCUUAAGAUCUAUAGUCCACAGAACUAUCUUUACAGUCAAACUUCUUGUAAAAAAAGAUUUGAAUUAUCAAAAUUUACCUCAAGUUAUAUGCUAGUACUGAAAGUAGAAAAAGUAGAACACUUGAAAAAAGUUUUAUUUAAAUCACGUUUUUUCCUAAAAAAUAAAGUUUAAAAUUGAUAAAAUUGUUUCUUAAAAUCCUAGUUCUGUGUCGUUUAUCAUAUGCAUUGUUUCUAAAAACUAAAAGCCUUAUUAUAUUCAAUUUUUUCACUCCAAUGAAGAAUAAAUCAUUGUAAGGCAGUUUUAUGGAAUUAAAAAUAUUUUGCAUCUGCUGUUUGUAGGUUAUAUAGAAUUCUGAAUAGUAAUUUAAGUUAUUUUUCAGAAAAUAUUACCUUCUUUAACUUUAAGAGAAGAUAGUUUCCAAGAUUUCGAUGCAUUCAUUACUUGAAACAUACUAA